GUAAGCAUGUUAAGAUUUACAGUUUAUCAUGAAAAUAGUAUUGCAUUACCUGACGUGACUACCUGAAAUGAAAUUCCGAUGACGAUGUAGAAAUUUUAAGUUUGCAUACGUAAAAAUUCUUAAAAGCUCCUACGUACUUACUGAUAAGAAACAUACUUGGCUAAAUGCAUAAUUCAUUUGCUACAAAUGAUGACUAGUUUAAAAGUGGUAUUUAGUGUAAACAUCGUUUAGAUUUAGAUACUCUGUGGUAAACAUAAACAGUGAUGGAGAAUAUUUAUUGGUUGUACAGACCUAUUUUAUUUAACGCCCCAAUCACGUCGUAAAGACUUUACAGUAAAGUCCUUUAUGAGUCAAAGUCAGAGUGUGCCUGGAAUAAAGAAUUCAGUUCCUAUCUUCAACACUGUGUUAACAAUUCCACGAAUAUGACUGUCAAUAUCAUGAUUGAAUUUCGAUAUCUUCAUUGAACUACAUAACUUGGCUGAUGGGUGCAUGUUUAAUAAGCAUGAUAAGUAAUGUCAUUUGGUUAAGCGUGAGCGGAUGAAAUCUAAAUCAGGUCAAAAAUGUUUAAAUCCAGACACGGGCUGCUGAUAUGUUUGAAGAACAUCGAUUUAGUCAUCUGUCGCAAUUUACUUUAAAAUAAACGUCAUUUUUUUUGUAAAGUCGUUCCACAAUGCUAUUAAAAAAUUUCUGUCAGAUUUUGAUAAUCUCUUGUCUUACGUCUCAGAUUUGUGGAAACAUUAUUUAUCAAGACGAUGGCUACAUGCACCCUAUUCAUCACAAAUCUUUCAAGAGCGACGCUAAUGGGCAUCAGCCAACAUAUGAAUCUGAUGAUUUUUGGAAACAAAGUGCCCAAAAAGAGCUAGUAAAGAAAAGGCUCAUCCGACCUAUUGAAGGACAAGCUAAAAAUGUAAUCUUCUACUUGGGAGAUGGGAUGUCUGUUCCAACCGUGACUGCUGCAAGAAUUUUUAAAGGACAACAAGUUGAUAAACUACAGUUUGGAGAGGAAGGAGAACUUCAUAUGGAUACAUUUCCAUUCGUUGGAACGUCCAAGACGUUUUGCUCCGAUUUCCAAGUAGCUGACAGUGCUUGUUCAGCUACAGCUUAUUUGACCGGAAGUAAAGCAAAUUUGGGCACAAUUGGCGUCACUCCCGAUGUAAAACUAGGAAACUGUAGCGCUCAGGCUAAUCCUGAAAACCACCUCUCUUCCAUCCUUGCAUGGGCACAGGCGCAAGGAAAAUCCACCGGAAUCGUGACCACUACAAGGAUAACUCACGCAUCUCCAGCCGGCUGUUAUGCCCAUAUUGCUAAUCGCGAUUGGGAAAACGAUGGCGCAAUUAUCUUCGAUGGCGAGGACCCCAAGCUUUGUCCCGACAUUGCAAAGCAACUCAUAAUGCAUGAUCCGGGACGAAAUAUUAAUGUGAUUUUGGGCGGAGGACGGAGUCAGUUUAUUCCAAAAACCGUGGUCGAUGUGGAGUUUAAUGUGACGGGGUACCGGAUGGAUGAAGUCAAUCUGAUCGAUGCUUGGAUUUCUGCAAAAAAGCGGAACACUGCAAGUUACGUCACGACGAGGGAUGAAUUGCUUAACGUUGAUACAACAAAGACGGAUUUUCUGCUCGGUCUCUUUGAUCCAUCGCACAUUGCAUACUACGAUUUGCAACUGGCCCAGAAUGACCCAUCCCUUGAAGAGAUGGUGGAAGUAGCGGUGCAAAUUCUGAGCAAAAAUCAGAACGGGUUCUUUUUAUUUGUUGAAGGUGGCCGUAUAGAUCACGCCCACCAUGACAAUAUGGUCCAUCGCUCGUUACGGGAAACGGUCGAAUUUGACAAAGCCAUAAAGAAAGGGGAUGAAAUGACGGAUGAGGCCGAAACGCUGAUUGUAGUCACCUCUGAUCAUGCACACGUCAUGCAUUUUGCUGGAUACCCUACAAGAGGAACGCCUAUCUUAAAAUAUAGCGAACAAUUUGCCGAUGACGGUCUGCCAUAUGCCACACUCGGAUAUGGCAACGGUCCGGGACCAAAGUGGAUUGCUCGUAGCACGAAAAAACGACACGACAUCAGACUGGACAAUGUCGAUGAUCCUACGUAUCAAGCCCCUGUUCCUGUUCCGAACGAUUCAGAAACUCAUGGUGGAGAUGAUGUUUUAAUUUUUGCCAAAGGUCCUUACGCACAUUUAUUGACUGGAGUGCACCAACAAAGUUAUAUCCCUCAUGUGGUAGGGUACGCUGCCUGCAUGGGAGAUGGGGUCAAGCAUUGUGAUUCAUAAGCAACAUUUAUUCAAAUUACUUUAGUUUUACUGUGUGCACAUUUAUACUCCAAUUUGCUUUGUAACUUUAAGAAAAUACCAAUAAUAAUGACAGUGCAGUUUUUGUUAAUAUUAA